AUGGCCCACGACGAGGACGAUGAUCAGGUCGAGCGCCUCAUAAAUGAGGGUAUAACGGCCUUGACGUGGCCAACACUGACUGUCCAGUGGUUCCCCGAUGUCAAGGAACCUGAGGGUAAAAACUAUCGCAUGCACCGACUGCUACUUGGAACUCAUACGUCGGAUGAGAGUGCCAACUUUCUGCAGAUUGCUGAUGUCCAGAUCCCAAAGGCGGUUGCCCCAAAUCCCGCCAACUACGAUGAAGAGCGAGGCGAAAUUGGUGGCUAUGGCAGCUCCGGCGACGUCGCUGCCAUCAAGUGCGACAUUGUCCAGAAGAUUGAGCACCCUGGCGAGGUAAACAAGGCGAGGUACCAGCCCCAGAAUCCUGACAUCAUUGCCACCUUGUGUGUAGAUGGCAAGAUUCUCAUCUUCGACCGCACCAAGCACCCGCUUCAACCCGCCUCUCUUGGGAAGGUAAAUGCCCAGAUUGAACUGGUUGGGCACAAGGCUGAAGGGUUUGGUCUCGCCUGGAACCCCCACGAGGCUGGAUGCUUGGCUUCCGGAAGUGAAGACAAGUCCAUGUGCCUCUGGGACUUGAAAACGCUAGAGGCCGAAUCCAAGAUUCUCAAGCCUUUCCGUCGUUAUACUCAUCACACACAAGUUGUCAACGAUGUCCAAUAUCAUCCCAUUUCGAAGUACUUUAUCGGGUCCGUUAGUGACGACCAGACCCUUCAAAUUGUUGAUGUCCGACAUGACAACACAACUACUGCAGCCCUUGUCGCCAAACGCGGCCACCUUGACGCCAUUAAUGCCCUUGCCUUCAACCCCAACUCAGAGGUCCUUGUCGCUACAGCGUCUGCUGACAAGACUGUUGGUAUUUGGGAUCUACGUAAUGUUAGAGAGAAGGUGCACACCCUCGAAGGACACAAUGAUGCCGUGACGAGCUUGUCAUGGCAUCCAUCAGAGGCUGGGAUUUUGGGCAGUGGCAGCUACGACAGGAGAAUCAUUUUCUGGGAUCUGUCUCGUGUAGGAGAGGAGCAACUGCCUGAUGAUCAAGAUGACGGCCCCCCAGAACUGCUAUUCAUGCAUGGCGGACACACCAACCACCUUGCCGACUUCAGCUGGAAUCCCAACGAACCAUGGCUGGUUGCUAGUGCUGCCGAGGACAAUUUGCUACAAAUUUGGAAAGUGGCAGAGUCUAUUGUCGGCAAGGAUGACGGCGAGUUGCCGGUUGAUGAGCUUGACCGAUAG